AUGGGCAAUGUUGGAAGUCGUCUCGAUGACUCUGGGAACUUGUUCUUCAAAGACCAAACAAGGUUUACAAUCUCUUCCGCCACGAUAAGCAACUCUCGAGGACGGGUAUUCUUGCAUCUUACCCCCAACUCUUUCCCGGCCACGAGAUAUACUGCGAAGCGUGAAGUUGGUGACGACAGUCCUAUUGAGUAUAUACAGGAUCCGGACCUCUCCUCAUCUGCAUCAGCGCCCACAUUCCUUUUGCGCCUGACGAAUGAAGAUGAAUUGAACUUCAAUUUCACGUUUAUACUGAGGCAAACUCAAACCGCUAACAGUUCGAAUUCCGUCGUCAAUGGUGUCGCAACCUCACUUCCAGAAGUGACCGACACUGUGCUUACCGGGCUCACAUUCGCGCAUGCGACGAACUCGAAGGAGCUCGACAAUUUGAUAACGCGAGAAUUUCAUGCGAAUCCCAACCUGCAAAAUAAUACCAAUGUGCAGUUUGUAGGGGAUUAUACAACGGGUGGAAGCCCUUCCGUUCAGUUCAAUUGGUCCUGGAAAUGGAAACCACCCAAGCCCACAGAAGAUAAGGGCGGUGGUUGGAGGAACAGCUGUAGCUUCUUGGACUAUGACCAGCGAGCUAAUCGUCUCAACACUCUCGCGCACUUCUCGUUCUGGGUGCACAACUGCCCGCGUUCGCUCCCCAGCCCGCAAACCUUGUCACCAAACCUGGAAAUCCCUCACCCGAUUCGGAAUCGUAUGCCUUCUUCGCACUCAAUUCUCUCGCAUUCCAGUGAUGCCGAUACCACAUCCAAUCUGCAUCUUCCUCCGGGUACUCCGCCUGAAACGAUCGAUAGUGUUCUGCCUCCCCCUCCUCCCCAAGCUCCGCCCCCGCCGCCGCCUGUGAAAGUUGACCUUCCCCAUUCGCGUCCUGGCGAAGAUAUGAGUGUAGUGGAGGAUGGCCCAUUGUUCCGAGCCACUAUGAAAGCGUUGGAGCAGAAGACAGGGAAUAUGCGUGCGAAAAUCAAGAAGGUGCUGAAGAAGGCGGAGGCUGCCCAACAAGCCCAAGGGGCCUGCAACGAUGCUGUGGAAGCCUUCCUAUCCGCUCUCAGUGAGGCCUCAACGACUAAUUCCAACGCAAUCCAGCCAGCUCUCGAUCACUACUUUGAGAAAAUUGCUCGGCAGAUCCUAAAUUAUGAGCGACUCAAUACCAUCCAACUGCAAAAGCUCGUCAUUGAACCUUUGGUGAAGCUUUAUAAUAAUGACAUCAAGCAGGCCGAGGCUAAGAAAAAGGAGUUCGAAGAAGAGAGUAGAGAUUAUUAUGCCUACGUGAGUCGCUACCUCGGACAGAGGCAGGAUUCCUUGAAAGAGAAAAAGCGAGCGGAGAGCGAUUCCAAGUACCAAGCCAAGAGGCGGAACUUUGAGUUAAAGCGGUUCGAUUAUUCUUCGUUCAUGCAAGAUCUUCAUGGUGGCCGUAAGGAACAGGAAGUCCUUUCGCACCUGACCAGGUACGCGGAUGAACAAGCUAAGAGCUUUCUUGCGGCGGCCAAGAAGGUGGAUGACAUGAUUCCUCAGCUGGAUGCUUUGAUUCACGAGGUCAAUCAGGCAGACAAGGAAUUCCAAUUUCAGAGGACAGAAAGAGAAGAGAAACGAAGGGCUCUGGAAAAAAGCAGUAACUUAUAUCUGGAGCCGGAUUCCCUCGCCAACCCAAGUGUUCCGUCAUCCCUGACGGGCAAUGGUAGUGGUGGCCACAUGCCUGAAUCGGACUUGGGCCGUGCAGACAGCACAGGGUCUCAGCUGCGAAGUGUGGUGAGCAACAGUUCCUCCAUGGCCCCGCAGACAAAUGCAGCUAUAAACAGCACGGCCGGAAUCCCGCCGAUAUCCUCAAAUGCCAAUCCGAGCGGCCAGCAGCGGAAGGAGGGACUUCUCUGGGCAUUAUCACGUCCGGGCUCUCACAUCGAUCCCAAGGGCAUCAACAAGCAAGCUUGGCAUAAGUUCUGGAUUGUGUUAGAUCAAGGCAAACUCUCAGAGUACAGUAACUGGAAACAGAAGCUUGAUCUGCAUAUGGACCCGAUUGACCUACGGAUGGCCUCUGUGCGAGAAGCACGGAACGCCGAACGACGCUUCUGUUUCGAAGUCAUUACCCCUCAGUUCAAGCGGAUUUAUCAGGCGACUUCCGAAGAGGACAUGGGCAACUGGAUCAGGGCCAUCAACAACGCCCUGCAAAGUGCUGUCGAGGGUCGUGGCAUGUCUCCCCCCGUUCCGUCAAAGAACGACAGCUCGUCCCUGGGUCGCGAUAUUGGUUCUGUCUUGACAGGGAAAAGCUCGUCGUAUUCCGGCCAGCAUUCUCAUUCUGCAAGUUCUGUCAGCAGCGUGAGCCGUCGCACCACGGUGGGUGCACGACCAAGCUACGUGCGCAACGAUAGCACCGGCUAUGAAGAGAACCCCGCCAAAUUACUCCAGACCGUCCGCGAUGCGGACCAAGGCAAUAAUUGGUGCGCUGAUUGCGGCUCGACCUCGAAGGUUGAGUGGGUGUCGAUUAACCUUGGAAUAGUCUUGUGCAUUGAGUGUAGUGGCAUUCAUCGUUCUCUGGGAACUCAUAUCUCCAAAAUCCGUUCCCUCACAUUGGACGUGAAUUCUUUCUCAAAUGACAUCGUCGAGAUCCUCUUGCAGGUUGGGAACCGCGUCAGUAAUAUGGUCUGGGAGGCGACACUAGACCAGAGUCAGAAACCGAUGGCAACCUCGACUCGGGAACAACGACUGAAAUUCAUCACUGCCAAGUAUAGCGAUCGAGCGUUCGUACAGCCGCUGCCCUCGCCUUUGUCACGGUUCUCGACCCCUGAUGAAACCUUACUUGCGGCAAUCAAAAAGAAUGACAUCCAAGGCGUGCUAUAUGGCAUUGCACUUCGAGCCGAUGUUAACAUCACUGACCGGUCACGAAACACCCAUGCGGUCUUCCUCGCUCUAGCGGCUGCAGACCCCGCGUCGCCCGGGUCGACGCCGUCUAACCUGCCGCCUAGACCCGGUACUGCAAACGCAGUCAAGGCGAUUCCGUUCCCGAUAGCAGAAUUGCUUGUGCAAAACGGCGCGGAAAUUCCUUCACAGCCACCUCCCAUUCCUCUAUCACCAGCUGCUCAGCUCUAUCUGAGUCAACGCACCACGAGAUAUGUGACGCCCAUGGCGGGCAGCUCUACUGCGGACACAGUCGGAUCACUGCCCAGCAUUCGAGGAACAGCAAGUGAUCAGGCGGUGCCAUCGGGAUCCCUGGACAGCAAGGAGCGUGAUAGACUGCACAAGAGAGGAAGCGCUGGAGCUCGAUUUGCUGGAAAAGUCGCGUCUCUCGGCAUGGAACGAUGA